CGGUUGAGAUUCUCCCGUCUUUUUCCUGCAGAACUCUCCCCCAUGUCUUGCAUGCAUCCUACCAAUCCGAGUCGGAGCCGCGCGCUUGCGGUGCUUUGACGCGGCACCGGGUGGGGUGGGAUCGGCCCAGGUUUCCUCCGUUCGGAGUCCAGCUGGCAUCCCGCACUUUAUCCCGAGGCUCGUGGGAUUCUCAUCGACACCUCUCCCUUUCCCUUGGCAUUGACUGGUCAAUGGCCAUGCGCUGAGCUGCAUACCUCCAAUCCGUCCAUGAUGGUGUUGUUUCCUACUGCUUAAACCUGUUUCACCCAUACGAUCCUACACCAUGAUCGAGUCGCUCAUUAGUAUCGCUUUCUACAUCUCCACGGCCAUCACGCUCGUGAUCUUCCUGCUGCCUUCGCAGUAUGCGUCGAAGCGCGACUCCGGACAGGAUGCGCCCAACGAGCCCAAGACGACUGUCCAGAUACUCGUUCUAGGGGAUAUCGGCCGCAGUCCGCGCAUGCAGUACCAUGCACUGAGUGUUGCUAGAAACGGUGGACAGGUAGAUAUGAUUGGUUACCAUGAAUCGGACGUACAUCCCGAGAUCUCCUCCCACCCUCGAAUCUCCAUCGUCACCCUUCCUCCACAUCCCACCUGCCUCCAGACAAGCAACAAGCUCCUAUUCCUCCUAUACGGCCCGCUGAAAGUUCUGUUCCAAGUCGGCUGCCUGCUGUGGAUCCUGGCAUAUCGUACAAAGCCGGCCAAAUGGCUCCUGGUUCAGAACCCUCCUUCUAUACCGACGCUCGCGAUCGCAUCCCUCGUUUGUAUCUUGCGUCACACGAACCUCCUCAUCGAUUGGCAUAACUUUGGAUACACCAUCCUAGCCCUCAAACUCGGUGACGUUCAUCCGCUAGUCAGACUCUCCAAGUGGUACGAGAAAGUUUUCUGCCAGUACGCGACAGCCCAUCUCUGUGUUACCAACGCCAUGGCAUCUGUGCUGAAGGAGGAGUUUGCAUUGAAGGCGCCCAUUCUCCCGCUACAUGACCGGCCAGCCGAUCAUUUCCAGCCCAUUCUAGAUAAGCGCGUGCGCAAGGAGUUUCUGCUUUCCCUCUCGGAGACAGAGUCGGUCCGGCCGCUGAUUGGGUCCGAUAAAAUCCGAGUCCUGGUCAGCUCAACCUCGUGGACUGCAGACGAGGACUUCUCGCUUCUCAUAGAAGCCCUCUGCCAGUAUUCGGACUUGGCUGAGACCUGCCCUGACCUGCCUUCCAUUCUGGCAAUUAUAACGGGUAAAGGACCUCAACGUGAGAUGUAUCUGAGACAGAUUGCCGAGCUCGAGCAGGCCGGUAAACUUAAGAAAGCGACAAUUCGCACCGCGUGGCUAACCAUAGAAGACUACGCGCGGCUGCUGGCCUCCGCUUCACUGGGUGUUAGUUUGCACACCAGCAGCAGUGGAGUUGAUUUGCCCAUGAAAGUCGUCGAUAUGUUUGGCGCUGGCCUGCCUGUUGUUGGCUGGAACCGUUUCGAGGCAUGGCCGGAGCUGGUCACCGAAGGUCGUAACGGAAGAGGCUUUGGAAGUGCCGAUGAACUUGUCAAACAUCUCGAGGAUCUGUUUGGGGAUCAAGACAAUCUUGAAAAACUUCGUGCUGGUGCGCGAGAGGAAAGUUCUCGUCGAUGGGAUGGCGAGUGGAAUCCCGUAGCUGGAAAGCUGCUAGGCCUCAUAUGAAGGGUAGCCGGUGGCCAUCUCCUCAUGAAGGUAGAAGGAAAGGUUAGAGAAUUACAAGUGGAAAUGUGAU